AAAUAAAAGAAAAAAGGAAGUUAUCUCAUCAGAGAGUUGAGCUCGCUGCAAUGGUUGUGCUCUCUGCUUCUACGUUCAAUGGCUUUUCACUUUCCCACUGUUUCCCUAAAAUCGAAGUGAAAGCUCAAAAUCAAUGGCGGACAAAUUGUGCUAUGAAGUCACAGGAUAAUUCAAACUCGGGGAAUUCAGGACGUGGCAAUAGGCGAGUGUGGAGGCGGAGAAAAUUGACAAAGAAGGAUGAUAUAUUGGACUACCAUAUGGAAAGAGUUCCGUUUCUCGAGGAGCAGGUGAGGAAGAUACGAGAUACUGGAAAGCAACUCACAAUGGACAUCGAGAGGUUAUUACUCUCCGAAGAUAACAGGUUCGCUUUCGUUAAUGAAAUUGCGGCGGAGGCAAAACAAUAUGUAGAGAAUAACCGCGAUGAAUACGGUAGCAAAAAGGCAAUUCUUCAUGUACUCAGUAAUCGUAUGAACGAUGCUGGAUAUUACCGAACCGAUGGAUACAUAGAAGAGGACCCGUUUAAACCGGGUCCCGGUUACCUAAGAAACGAACUCUACGAUUAGAACAAUUUUCUGAUGAAUUUUAUAUGGGGUUACUCUGUGUGGAAGUGUGCUUGAAUUGCGAGAGGUUUCUUGUAUGUGCUAUUUGAGGAAGAUUUUCGUGUUUUAUUCCGAUUAGUGGAGAUUACGGAUAUCGUGAUGUAAUAAACUACUUCGUUAUUUUGUUGGAUGAAACUAGAUCAAAUAUAUACGCUACAUACAUCCAGGUGAAAUCGGCUUCGGACAAAAAUUGAAUGUGUUCGUUAUUUUUGUGUGAAUGAACGAUCGAUACUAUAUUACGUGUAUUUCGUUAGAGAUGUAAUCGACUUCGGACGAAAAUUGUUGA